AUGGCUACUGCAGCACCAUCUCCAAAUUCUUCACCCUCUGCUGUCCCACCAGCUUCAACUACGCCACCUCCUCAGCCAUCAUCUCCUCCACCAGACCCUCCAACUCAACCAUCUUCUCCGCCCAAUACGAGUUCACCCACUGCAACUCCUACUCCUUCCCCACCUCCUCAAUCCCCUCUUCCUACAUCUCCUCCUCCAGCCUCACCAUUGCCCCCCCCUCCACUACCUCCUCCUACAACAUUGCCGCCACCUCCUCAAUCUAUUCCUCCUCCUCCUCCUCCAGACAUUGUGCCACCCCCAUCCUCUAAUUCUCCACCACCAAAUCCUCCUCCAAGUUUUCCUCCACCUCCAUUAUCAACUCCACCGAAGAGUUUGCCACCUCCACCAUCUGAUCCUCCAGCUAGCUCACCACCACCACCUUCACCCAGUCCACCUCCUAAUUCCCCACCACCUCCAUCUAAUCCACCUUCUAGUUCACCACCACCUCCAUCUUCUAAUCCACCAGCUAGGACACCUCCACCACCCUCAUCUAAUCCUCCAGCAAGGCCUCCUCCACCACCAUUGGAACCACCAAAGAAUUCACCACCUCCUCCUCCAUCACCAAGACCACCAGAGAGUUCACCUCCACCACCACCUUCACAAUCUCCUCAAAAUCCACCACCUCCACCACCAGCCUCUAAGCCACCCCAAAGUUCGCCUCCACCACCAGAAUCAAACCCUCCAGGAAAUUCACCUCCUCCACCGGCAGCAACACCACCCGUUAAUUCACCCCCACCUUCUGCUCUUUCCCCUCCUGGUUCUCCACCGGCAUCUCCUCCCCCCUCAAAUUCUCCCCCAAGAUCAUCACCACCGCCACCAUUAAAAAAACUGUCACCACCCCCUCCAGGACUUGUGUCCCCACCAUCCCCUUCUCCUCCAUCUUCUCAAAUUCCAUCAGUUAAUCCACCAACCAAUAAUUCCAGCAGUAUUGCACCAGGAAGCUUAAACUCUACAGGUAAUGGGGGAAUUGGUACACUAGGCACAGUGGCUAUUGGCCUAGCUCUAGGUCUCCUGUUGCUUGGUAUCAUUGGAAUAGCUGCUUGGUGCAUGUGGAAGCGAAAGAAAAAUGUUUCCGCAUUUAGUGGUGGCUAUGUCAUUCCAACCUCUGUGAGCUCUUCCUCAAAAUCAGAUGCGGCUGUGUUAAAGUUGCAUACUUCAGCACCUCUUGUUGGAAGUGGUUCUGGCAGUGAUUUUGUAUAUUCACCAACAGAUCCAGGCGGAUUAGGCAAUUCAAGGUCAUGGUGUACUUAUGAAGAAUUAGCUGCAGCUACAGAUGGGUUUUCAGCGCAGAAUCUAUUGGGCGAAGGUGGAUUUGGUUGUGUUUACAAAGGAUGCCUAGAGGAUGGGAGAGAGGUAGCAAUCAAGCAGCUAAAAAUUGGUGGGGGGCAAGGGGAGCGAGAAUUCAAAGCUGAAGUCGAGAUUAUAAGUCGCGUACACCACCGCCAUUUGGUUUCAUUAGUGGGCUACUGCAUUUCUGAAAACCACAGGCUGCUUGUUUAUGACUAUGUUCCUAACAACACCCUUUACUUCCACCUUCAAGGUAAAUUCUAA